AUGAGCUCGCCGUCUCUGCCGUCGCUGUCAUCGCUGCAUCCGGUACCACGCGCGCAGGGUUUCGUCACUGCUAGAUCCGUUCUUGCCGACCUUGAAUUACAGCAAGAUCGCAGUACAGACGUUAAUGCCCCCACAGAGAAGCCCAGGAGAGGACGACCGAAGAAGCCUGUCGGCGCAGAUGAUGCUUCCACCAGACCACGCGCUCGCAGGACAACGACGGCCAUUGAGGAUAAUUCUGUGCUUGGCGACAUAGCUACAAAACCCAAGACGCGUAAGAGAGGAGCUACAGCCUCGAACGAGGAAGGAGCGACCAUCACGCCUGCAUCCAAGAGAGGUCGACCAAAGAAGGCAACUGCGAUUGAGCAUGCUGCAACUGCUACGACAGACACAAUCGAGGCCACGAAGCUUGUAGCGAAGCGAGGAAAGAAGAAGGCCUCUGAGCCCACUGAUACCAAUUCCAAUGAUGCUGCUGCUGCAAGGUCGAAGCCGCAACCAAAGCCUCGCAAGACGAAAGCCAAGUCGGUCGAAGACACUGCCAUCUCAGAGCUGCCUACUGUCAACAAUGCAGUAGACUCUGGUGUGCCGCCUGUCGUUCCUGCUGAAGCCCCGAUUGAGGUGCUUGAUCUUGUUCCUGCUCCACGGCGCAAACGAGAUUGGACUCCGCCCACAGAAUCAGUCCUGCCUCCCUCCUUUCAGCAAAGUAGUGAUGCUUCACCCAACCCUGGACCUGCCGCUAUCCAUGAUCUUGAGGGCGAGGAUUACACUGGUGAUGCCCCAGUAGCAUCGGAGUUCACUAGACUGAUGGGUGAUUUUGCCUAUCAAGAGGACAAUCCUAGACCUGCUCCAUCUCUAUCUCGAACGCCGAGCGACGGUCCUACUACCAAGCGAAAACGCUUAGAUCCUGUCGAUGUAACCGCGGCUGAAGAACCGAAGAGACAGAAGAAGAAAGCUGUCGAGCCAAAGGAGCCGAAGGAAUCAAAGCCUAAACCGCCUAAGAAGCCAAAGGCUCCCAAGAAGAAACCCCUUACCAUCACUGCUCUCGCUACUGCAGCUUACCUGCCACAAACUGCUAAAACUGAUGCUGAUCAUACUAAACUGAUCUCGGACUUCUUCCCACAACCCCAGCCCGAUACUGUCGCUGUGCCUGAUGAUGCUGCUGUUGUCAAACCGCCAGCCUCCAAGAAGAAUGAUCGUGCUGUUGAGGACAAGCCGGCGCCAAAACGCAAGAGGGCCGUGAAGAAGGUACAAAUAACAGUGCCUGAGGUACAUGUCAAGUUAGACUCUCCAGAAGCUGCUCGUGAGAAUGCCAAGAGGCAGCAAUGGCUGUUCGGAAGCUCAAGUCAACUGGCUGCAGCAGAGUCUCCCACCGAGCUUCGCGACUUACAGCAGGCGCUCAAGGAGUCUGAAGAUAUGAUCUCUACACAGCAAAUAGAUAGCUCACGUGCCACGAGCUGUGCUCAUGUACCAUCCGCCCCGCAUGGCACCAGUCUAUCUAUUGGACAAGCUGAUAGAGCUCUGUGGAUGUCUGCCGCUAGAGACUUUGAGGACUCCACCUUCGCAUCUGAUGAGAGUCGCGACAAUGAUGAUCUGGUAGCAGCGACAAAAUCGGUUGCACCACAAUAUCCGCCCAGCAGUGCAAAGUCCGCGCCUGAGUCUCGUCUUUCAGAAGUCAGGCCCCAAGUCGAAGUGUUGACGAUAUCGUCGUCGGCUCCUAAGGAGCUCGAGUCGCCAGAUUCUGGGUAUGUGGAUGUUAAUGAAGUUGGCGGUCUUUCGCCCUCAACGACUCGCUUACCCAUGGAUAUACCACCUGCCAGCUCAAAGACCAGAGCGGUCGCGAGCGGAGAUUCCAAACUCCUCGAGAUGAUUCCCUUGGAUACCACUCCCGAAACAGAAAUAUUACCUCGACGCGCUCUAGGUGCUCGCGACCCGAACACCAAUAUCACGAGAAAGGCUUAUGAUGCUGAGGACAAGAAUUCGGACGUCUCUCCGAGAAUAUCUACCAUUAAACCAUCAAUUGUUUGUCUAGACUCCUCAAAAAAGCGACCGGUUGUUCGUCCGCGCAAGACGAUAAGCGAUGCAGCACAAACAUCACCUAUUGCCAUCAGGCAAGUAUUGAUUGACCCUUCUACUUUGUCGGCACGAGAAGUGGCUAGACAAAGAAUCUUUGCUGCUAGCCCGACUCGGGAUUCUGUCCAGCCUCCGGGAGGAGGGUUACACGAUAGACUACCCAGUGCCACUCAGAGUCCGCAUUCCAAAUCAAGGAACAGGCUUUCGAAGCCUGGACCUACUCUCAGUCUUGUAUCGCCAACACCACCGAGGGGCCGACCUCGACGAUCUGCCAGUCCUGGUGAUCUACCUGUACCAUCUCAACUUCGCAAACUACCUUCCUUACCUAGCGCUUCCGCUCAGCAUGCUUCAGUCGUCGAGCCAUCAUCUGAUUACCUCGACAUCGAUGCCAUCUCAGAUAUAGACGUUGCAACCCACGUACCCUCGCCACCACGGCGCACCCCGACAUCUCCACCCAGGGCAACGCUAGAAUUCGACAGACCACCACCACCACCGCUACCAAGCAUUACAGCCUCAACCGCUAAAUGUAGCGCUAAACAGAUUCUGGCAGAAUGGCCUGGCAUUGCUCAAACCUUGUUCCCAAAGAUCACAAAGACUGUACGCUCUACGCCGCCUAGUCAAGAUCACAAGAAUCCCACUUGGCAUGAGAAGAUGCUUCUCUAUGACCCGAUCGUGCUUGAAGAUUUGACAUCAUGGCUCAAUGCCCAACGUGUACGUAUCGAACUUUCAGUGCCUAAGGUAGUCAAGGGUAAAGGAAAGAAGAAAGUCGAUGUUGUUGAAACUAUAGAAGAAGCUACAGAACUAGUGCAAGAAGAGUUGCAGCCUUGGAUGGUGCAGAAAUGGUGCGAGGAGCAUACAAACCGCCUAUACAAGAAACUGUACAGAGAUUCUGAUGAAUCCCACUACUCGCGCGAGCAGGACUAUGACGAGAACGAGGAUGAUGAAAAGGCUCUGCCACCUUUGAGCCCGUCCUCUCUGGACUGGAAUGCUAGUCGUUGGUUUUGGACUACUGAGCGUUCAGGGAUGUGGGUUGAACACGUUGUCAGCAGCGACUGGGUCAUGCUUGAUCUGAAUGAUGGCGUUCAGAAGGUCUCUGUUGAUACGACAGACGCUGCCAUCUCUCGUUCAGAGCUCGAAGUGAACAUCGAUGCAAAGCCCGCCAGUCCAGCUAAAAAGGCAGGAGCUACACAAGUCACCACUGCUGCAGAGCUGCGACGUAGACCAAAGUUGACCAUACAGAUACCGAGCGGCAUGCCAAACUAUUAUUCCAAGCAUGGACCGAAUGACUAUUCCAGCUGCAGACCUCACAUCACGAGUGAGGAGCGUGCCGAGUGGAGGAAGAACAUGUUUUAG